AUGGAACAAGGCGGUUGGGCUGCAAAGGAAGACAGAGUUGUUCGAGAUGAGCUGGCAAAGCUCCAAGAUGGACUGCGAUCUUGGGCGAGGAAGUACAGUAGGGCGGCAGUUAGCUCUGAUUUGGAAAGUGUGUCAGCUCUUGAGAAAGAUAAGGUUGUCGAAGAGCUGAAAGGAUAUUGCGUGCAAACAAACUGGUGUUCAUUGCUGGAACGAAUGCCGAUAUCCUCGAACAAGGUCUUUCCUCUUCUCGUUCAAGCGCUCCUUGCCAAAGACAUCUUUCAAACUAUUUUUGCUGAUCCGUUUUUCGCCUUUCCUGAGACCAUUGAUGAUCCAGAACUACCUAAUCGGGCUGAGAUGCGACUUUUACAUCAAACUAUGACACAGUUGAACAAGGAAGAGGCGGAAAUAUGGCGGUCGCACAUGAUACGAGUCCUAUCUGGGCACCGAUCAGGUGGCAAAGGGUCUUCAAUGCCCGAUAGGAUACAAAAGAUGGCUAGUUUCCAUGGUGAAGCCCUCAUCAAUGGCCGCGCCCAUAUCUUGCUUCGUGAGCCUGAGAGUCAAGCUGAGGUGAUAAGGCGGAGUGACGACUUAUAUAGACUCUAUCAUCAAGCUGGAGGACUAGCGUUGUCCUUGUGGGCUCAACGGACUGUUAUUGCAUCCCAUGGCCUGCAGCGCUUACACAAGUUUCGCGCAUCCUCCUCACUGAUGACGGCCCAUCGACUACAUCACCUUGACGAAGAUGACAAGAGACUUGACGGUAGGAAGAUCCUUCUGUGCAUUCAGCCGGCAGUCUUGGCAUUCGGUAAUGAGAAUGGCGAGAACUAUGACAAGAGCAAGGUCUGGGCUAAAGCGAUCGUUUUGGUGGAGGAUAACGCGUAG